GACGACCGGCAGUCGGCGCUGGUCGGCGCCAACGACGUAAUGAAGGAGGCCGAGGUAGAAGACCUAACCCCUUCAGAUUUUUAUCGGCGCUGAUAAAUAACACGAUGCACUGCUGAACAUUCCACUCGCGGCGAGCACGGGUGUACGUAUAUCUGUCGCGACAUGUCGGUCAGACUUUUGCGCUGUCUCGAGCUCUUCGUUCCGCGGGGCCAGCAUGUUCGUCACGGCUUUCGUGUACGGGGGAAACCGCCGACCGUCGCCCGUUCCCUGCGGCAGCGUCUCGAGGAGCGCAAUUGGAAGGACCCGACGUUGCAUUUCAAGGUGAACAUCGGCUACCCGGUGCCCAGGAACACCAGGCGUUCGAUAACGAGCAACUGGACGAGUGAGAUCGCGGCGCGCAAGAACGACGCCGAGCUGGAGAAGUUGUCGCGCACGAGGCAGCUGCUGGUGGACCUGCGGACGGUGCGCGAGGACUGGCUGCGGACCGACGGGCCCUUCCACGCGCACAGACUGGCCAAGCACUACGGCGUCUACGACGACCUGUACGGGGACGCCUACUUUAUGCCGACGGUCCCGCUGGACGUGAGCUAUAAUCUAGCGGACGACAAACUGGUAAGGGUCUACACCGGUAAUGUGAUCAAGCCGAGCGAAGCUUCCAGGGUGCCCGAGGUGACGUACGACGCGGAGGACGGGUCGCUGUGGACCCUGACAAUGAGCACGCCGGACGGCCAUCUGACCAGUGGCGACAGCGAGUACUGCCACUGGUUCGUCGGCAACAUCCCUGGGAGUCGACUGCAGGAGGGCGAGGAACUGGUGGACUAUCUGCAACCGAUAGCGCCGUACGGCAUCGGCUAUUGCCGAUACAUCUUCGUGCUCUACAAGCAGGAGCGUCGCAUGGACUUCUCGGAGUACAAGCGCGCCAAGCCCUGCUUGAGUCUGGAGGAGCGCAAUUGGAGAACGCUGGACUUUUACAGGAGAUAUCAGGACGAUCUGACGCCCGCCGGCCUGGCGUUCUUCCAAUCCGAUUGGGAGCCCUCGCUCCAGGAAUUUUAUUACAACGUAUUAAAGACGAGAGUGCCGAUAUUCCGGUACAAUUUCCCCGCGCCGUACAUAAAAAAGCAAAAGUGGUUCCCCAAGAAGGAGCCCUUCAAUAUCUAUCUGGACAAAUACCGCGACCCCAAGCAGAUAAAAAAGGAGUUUCUGCUGAGGAAGCUGAAGAAGGUUCACCCCUUCAACGGGCCGGAUCUACAAUUGAAGUUCCCGUUGGCCCACAACGAUAGGAAGUACGUACCUUCCUGGCUGAAAUUCGAGAUGAUAAAGAAGAGGCUGGGAUACGGCCACGUUAACGAGCUCAACGAAUACUAGAUUGAGAAUUCGUUUUAGGUGCGCCUCCAGAACCUGCCUGCUGUGUAACUUGAUGUCAGCCCGCGUUGGAACAGUGGCGUCGAUCGUCUCGUGUUC